GAUAAUAAAGAUCUUCAAAAUUUAAUUGAUAAUAUUAAACCAGAUGAAUUCUUAGAAGAAGGUUUAGAACCUACUCCUGAAGAACUUUCCAUCAACUUAAUGAAACAUCAAAGAAUAGGUCUAACUUGGUUAAUAAGAAUGGAAAAAUCACAGGCCAAGGGAGGUAUUCUUGCUGAUGAUAUGGGUCUUGGUAAAACUAUUCAAACCAUAGCUUUAUUUAUUAAACAAAGAAAAGAAAAUGAUCCACCAACAUUGAUUGUUGGGCCAGUUGGACUUUUAAGACAAUGGGAUGCAGAAAUCAAAUCCAAAAUUAAACAAGAUGUGAUAAUUAAAGUUGGUGUUUAUCAUGGCGUGGACAAAAAGGCACUUAGUUCAUUUUCUAGACUCAAAAAAUAUGAUAUCAUCUUAACUUCAUAUGGCACCUUAUCAUCGGAAUGGAAAAAGCAUUUUAAAGAAUCAUUAGCGGAUGCUGAAAGUAAAAAACAUUUGCCAGAUCUGAAAAGUGGAGGUAGGAGUUAUGAUUCACCUUUCUUCUCCAUGGAUGCACGUUUUAAUAGAAUUGUUCUAGAUGAAGCUCAACAGAUUAAAAAUAAGGCUUCUUUAACGUCUAAGUGUGUAACUUACUUAAAAGCUGAAACUAGAUUCUGUUUAAGUGGUACUCCUAUUCAAAACAACGUAGAGGAACUUUAUCCAUUCUUGAGAUUUUUAAAAGUUCGUCCCUAUAGCAAUGAAGCUAGGUUCCGUAGUGAUAUCGCUAUUCCAUUAAAGAGCAACAAUUAUGAUGAUUUUGAUCAAGAUAAAAGUAUGCGUAAAUUAAGAGCUGUGUUGAGAGCUAUCUUACUUAGAAGAAAUAAGGAUUCUUUAAUUGAUGGAAAACCAAUCUUACAAUUACCCACUAAGCAUGUUGAAUCUGAUUUUGUGGUAAUGGAUAAAGAUGAAAAAUCCUUUUAUGAUGCUUUAGAACAAGGUAUUCAAUCUAAGGCUAAAAAAUUAUUAAUCCAGAAGAAGAUUGGGUUUUAUUCAAGUAUGUUAACUUUAUUAUUAAGACUUAGACAAGCUUGUUGUCAUAAUUAUUUAGUUGAGAUUGGAGAAAUGAAAGCUAAAGAUGGAGGUUCAGGAGGUAAAAAGAAUUAUCAGGAUAUGAUUAGAAUGUUAAAUGGUUUAAGUCCAGCAGCAAUUGAAAGCAUCAAGAAAAUCAGUCAAUUGGCCGAAGAUUUUUCUGAUGCUGAAGAAGAUUCUUCAACGUGUCCUCAAUGUUUAACUAUAUUUUCUGAAGAAGAACCCGUAUCCAUUAUGGGAACUUGUGGUCAUAUGUUAUGUGAAGGUUGUGUUGAUGCCUUCUUCGUGGAUAAGGCCAAUGAUGAAGAUAAUAAAGGUAAUAGAAUAGCACCAUGUAAAGAAUGUGGUGCUCUUUGUAAAGAAACACAAAUGAUUGAUUAUAUCAUUUUCAAGAGAUUUCAUAUUGAUGGAUAUAAUUUACAUGAAUUAACUGAAUUUUGUUCUAAAUACUAUAGUAAAACUGAUAAUAAUCAUCAAAGAAUCAAUUAUUUAAUUGCUAGAGAUAAAGGAUUAACACCAUCAGCUAAGAUUGAAAAGUGUAUAGAAUUGGUAAAGGAGGUCUUUACUAAAUAUCCUGGUGAAAAAAUCAUUAUAUUUUCUCAGUUCACUACUCUCUUUGAUAUCAUGGAUAAAGUAUUAGUUAAAGAAGGUAUUCAAUAUUUAAGAUAUGAUGGUGGGAUGUCAGUUGAUAGUAAGAAUAGUACCAUUAAACAAUUUUAUCAAUCUAAUGUUCAAGUGUUAUUAUUAUCAUUAAAGGCUGGUAGUGUUGGUUUAACAUUAACCUGUGCUUCCCAUGUUGUUAUUAUGGAUCCAUUUUGGAAUCCAUUUGUGGAAGAACAAGCUAUGGAUAGAGCUCAUAGAAUUGGACAAGAAAGAGAAGUUCAUGUUCAUCGAUUAUUAAUUAGUAAUACUGUUGAAAGUCGUAUUAUGGAAUUACAAGCCAAAAAGAAGGAAUUGAUUUCUGCUGCUCUUGAUGAGAAAGGUAUGAAAUCCGUAUCACGUCUUGGAACCAAAGAACUUGGAUUCUUAUUUGGAUUAAAUUCCUUACAACCACAACCAACAUAA